AUGGGUUGGGAUGACUGCCCAAAGGCUGCUGAGAGAAGUCCCAGGGGAAAGGGGGAUGUCAGAUGGAAGGAUGCUUCGACAAUGGUACAGCUUGAGCUUUUAACUUCCCUUCUCCUCUUCAUUCUUCCAUUCUUCUUCUUCAUCAUCAUCAUCAAGACUUGCUUCACUUAUGCAAUUAAUUGCAACAAAUCAUCAUCUCCUCCAACAAAGCUGCCCAGAUCCUAUCCUUUAAUAGGCUCAACUCUCACUCUAGUCGCAAACAUGGAGCGAUCCAAUCAAUGGAUCACAGAGCUUCUUCAAAACACUACAGCAACUCAUAAUGGAACCAUCAUCCUUGACCAAUCUCUUGGCUAUCGCCAACUCAUAACUACCAAUCUCCUUAACGUCCAACACAUUCUUAAGACGCAAUUCUACAUAUACCCAAAAGGCGAUAUCUUUCGAGAUGGCCUCUCUAGUUUUCUUGGUUCUGGAAUCUUUAAUGCCGAUGGAGAGAAAUGGAAGUUCCAGAGACAGAUCUCCAGCCAUGCUUUUAAUACCAAAUCUCUCCGGAAAUUCAUCGAGACAGCGGUGGAGGUCGAGCCCCAUAAUCGCCUUCUUCCUCUCCUCUCCAUGACCACUACUCAAAAAUCCGUUCUUGAUCUGCAAGACAAACUUCAGAGAUUUGCAUUUGAUAAUAUCUGCAAAAGUGCAUUUGGGUUUGACCCAAAUUAUCUUUCCCCUUCAUUCCCACAACCAGAAACAGAAUUUGCAGUCGCAUUUGAAGCAGCUACACUACUAAGUACUAUGCGACUUGGUUCAAUAUUCCGAUGGAUAUGGAAAUUGAAAAGGGCACUCGAUAUUGGGUCUGAGAAGCAAUUGAGAAUAGCAGUUUCAAAAGUUCGUGAAUUCGCAACUAAUAUUGGCAGCUUCUUGCAGUAA